AUGGCAACACCAAUCAACCCCUCCCAAAAACACCCCCUGCCCCCCAACGCCGCAACCCCUAACCUCAGCUCCUCCCACCUCGCCGCGCCCUUCUCCUCGCCCGCGCCGCGCUCCGUCCCCUCCCCCGCCGCCCACCGCAGCGUCCCCGCGACAGGCGCCUCGGCGCAGACCGCGCACAAUGCGCCGACUGUUGGCUCCACGGGCUCUGGACCUGGCACGGGGCCGGGGACGGGACCGGCGAGCGCGCCCGCGGGGAACAAGCUGCUGGGCUCCUCCCCGGCGGGCAUGGCGCUGAACUUCGACUCCCCGUCCACGAUGAACUUGCUGGAUGUCAAUAUGGGCGUUGGCGGGAUGGGAGGGGUGGGCAUGGGGCUUAGCAUCAGCGGGAUGAAUGGGCUGGGCUUGGGGCUGGGGAUGUCGGGGAUGGGUAUGGGCAUGGGGCUCUCAUCCUCUGGCGGCCGCAACGACGAGGAAGAUGUGCGGAAACGGUUGCUGGGUAUCAUCGAAAGAGUGGGUAGUCGCCCGGGGCUCGUGAGUGAGGAAGGCGUCGAGAGGGUGUGUAGGAGGUUGGGGCUCGAUUGGUAUGCGGAUGAGGGGAAGGCGGCACAGGGAACCAAAGACCCGUUCCCGUCGACUGCGGGGACGAAGUUUAUGCUCGAGUUGGAUUUCUCUGGGAGAACGCCGAGCUGUAGGGAACUCAGGUAUGGGGCGAAUUGGGAGGGGAAGGAGGAGCAUGCGGAGAGGGGGAAGAGGAUAUUGCAGAGGGAUUUGAGGCCGGUGGAUGAGAAGUCGGCACUGGGGAAUACGCUGGAUAGGUUCGCGGGGAACUUGGGGAGGCUGGCGAAUCUGAAUAGGUUGAGUACGGAGGAGGUGGAUUGCUUCGAGGUUGUGGCGGGGGUCUAUGUGAGUCUCAAGAGGCUGUUUGAGCAUGAGAAAAAGGCGGCUAUGGCACUCUUGGAUCCGGUCGCGGCGGACGCAGACGAGAAAGCGGAAAGAGAGGUUAUGUGCAAGAGGAGUGGCAGACCCAGGAUGAACGUUGGCAAGACGCUUGGCCUGUCGCUGCAGUACUGGAUGGACCGACGACAUAUACGCAGGCGUAGAGCUCGCCUGACCUCGACACCUGCGAAGGCCGCCACGCGGAUGGAUAUCGAUCAGAAGCCAGAUGUUGAAGAACCGGAGGAGAUCUACUCCCUCACGAUCGAAUGCGAAUCAUCGCCGGCAGAACUAUAUCCCCCCAUACGGAAAUCUGAUGCGUGGAUCUCUGAAGCCAUUGAGAAGUCAUCACACGACAUUUUCAGCACUUCCAACAUCGACUGGCUCGAGCCACCGUCUACGUACGAGACACCUCCAUCAUUAGAUGCGACGCAAGCCAGUGCAAUGUCGUUAGACGCUAACAACACGGGCAAGCUCCCAAACGUCCGCUUCGUUGCUCGCCUGAACCCACCGCUUGUGGUACCGCUUAACAUAGCGGUCCAAAUACACAGCUCAGUUGGGACAGAGAUACCUCCGGGUUCGAUCCUGCCGACCAUGUUCGAGGAUCUACUGCUAAAACGAGACGACACAGACGCGGCUAAAGCGACUGGGGUUGGAGAUGCCAAAGAGAUCAGGAGCGAGACCGAAGUGUUCGUGGCUGGUAGGGACGGUACCGGGACUAAGCGGCGGCAUGUAAACGGGCUGUUUGUGCCAAAGUCGGGUUACUAUGGCUGCAUACUUGAGGAAGUCCCUUUCAGGCACCCGAGAGAGAUUGUAGAGAUCUUGCCCGUCCUCCGCCAACACGCUUUCCUCAACUCCCUCCUCCGCUCGACGUUCCUCCCUGCUGACUCAGCCUCCGCAAUAUCCUCCAACGGUACUACCGUGAGCGCCCUACCAUCGCUCGCCCUCGACAUCACCCUCUCCGCAUACCCAACCCCAACUCUCACGCUCGUCUUCCCGCCACCGUCUUCUCAGCCAUCACCACCAACUAUCAUGGCUACAAACGGCGUUACCUCGUUGUCUACUGACGAGCUCCCUGCGCCCCACGAGAACGGCCUCACGAAUGGCGACAGCGACAAUGACGACAACGAGGAUAGCACCGACGACGAUGACGAGAACACGCCCGUCGCCAUCACCCUGCAGAUCCUUCCCAACGCCGAUGUCCUUGUCCUCGAGCAGAAUCUUGUUCCGGCGCUGCCGGCGCAUCCGCCUUUGGCUCUGGCACCCGUGUCCGGGACUAAGGCAGUCGUGCAGCCAGAAGGAGGUAAGGCGGAAGAGGUAAGAGUAGAAAGUCGCGAGGAAUACGAAGAGCGGAAGGCGAGGCUUGAGCAGAGGCUCGCGAGGGCGUUGGAUGUGUGUGGGGAGGUUGGGGUGUGGGUUGAGUGGAUUGGGGGGAUGGGUGGGGUGGCGGGGUGA